GGUAGCGAGGGUCGUGCGGUAUACUUUAUCGAUAAAUCCGCGGUCACACUGACUGUUUUCCGUACAAAUUGAGCCCAACCCACUCCAAAAAACGAAAAAGAAAUAAAACGGAAGUACUAGCAGCCAGAAUUACAAUAAAUUGAGUUUUCCACAAAAUGCAAACCAUCAAGUGUGUGGUCGUUGGCGACGGAGCUGUGGGUAAGACCUGCCUGCUCAUCUCCUACACAACCAACAAAUUUCCAUCGGAAUAUGUGCCAACUGUCUUUGACAAUUAUGCGGUGACGGUGAUGAUUGGCGGCGAGCCCUACACACUGGGAUUGUUCGAUACGGCCGGCCAGGAGGAUUAUGAUAGGCUCCGGCCAUUGUCCUAUCCGCAGACAGAUGUCUUUCUCGUAUGCUUCUCGGUGGUCAGUCCCAGUUCAUUUGAGAAUGUUAAGGAGAAGUGGGUUCCUGAGAUUACGCACCAUUGCCAGAAGACGCCAUUCCUGCUGGUGGGCACACAGAUCGAUUUGCGCGACGAGACCAGCACACUGGAGAAGCUGGCCAAGAACAAGCAGAAGCCCAUCACCAUGGAGCAGGGCGAGAAGCUGGCCAAAGAGCUGAAGGCCGUCAAAUAUGUCGAGUGUUCGGCUCUCACACAAAAGGGUCUGAAAAAUGUCUUCGAUGAGGCCAUACUGGCCGCCCUGGAGCCACCAGAACCAACCAAGAAAAGGAAGUGCAAAUUCUUAUAAUUCUUUUUUUUCUCUCUCUCUCUCUCUCUCUCUCUCGCUCUUUCGUCCCAUAUAUGUAUGUCUUUGCUUUCGUUAUUUAUCCACGCCACAGGGGACACCCUGCUCUACUUCCCUUCUUAUAGACAACUCCUUCCCCUCCCAAGAAAAGUUUUAAAGUUAUUAUUUUAGAAUUUCCACGAAUACUAUUCUCUAGUACUUCGGAUGGUUCCAUCCAUUCGCAAUUUCGAUCAUUUUAUUGGGUUUUUGGCUUAGUUUUAACAAACGGAAAGCUGCUGUUUUUAUUUUAUUACUUUGAAACCCCAGUCUGAAAAAAGAUACUAAUCUAUUUUAACUAUGGAUAAAGGCUUCCGCCCCAGCCCCAGCCCCAGCAAUGGAAUCAAAUAUUAAAUCAAAAAUUGAAUUCACCCGACCAGGGCCAGAGCCAGAAGUCUAGACGGGUCGGGCACCACUCCUCAUGCUCCAUUUCUGCACCCACUAAAGUGCUUUUAUUUCUUUAAUUAAGUGAAGAAAGUAAAGAUGAUAAAACACAAUAACAGUAUAGCGAAACAAAUUAUUUAUAUAUAACUUUAUAUAUAUACAACAACAAAUCGUAAGUGAAAAAACGAAAAAAAGAAAACAAAACAAAACAAAAUCCGAAUGGAAAAUACAAAUAAAGUGAAAUCAAUCCAGAAUAAAAAGAGUAAGGAGAGUAAUUAAAUGCAAUUAACUUUUUGGCUAUGCAAAAGCAAUUUUCGAAUCGAUUCGAGUCAGUCCUAAGCUAAACAACAACAAAAAUGCAGCUUAAAAUAUAAAAACAAAGUCAAAUAUGAUGAUUAAAAUGCAACAAGACGAAAUACGAUGAAAAAUGCUAUGCGUAUUGUGUACAACUAUGGUAUAUGAGUAUUGAAAUAUAUGAUAAAAAGAAAGCAAAACACACACACACAUAUAAAUAUAUUCAUAUGUGAAGGAAACGAACACUGAGAACAGGGACAGCGACAGCGACAGCAGAGAGACCAGACAGACCAGACGUACAGACAGACGGUACAGUCAUGCGGAACGUAACGUAACGGCACGGAACGGAAGGAGACACAACUGAAGUCUACAAUCUAUAUAAAUAUAUAUAUAUACAUAUAGAUAUAUUUAAUAAUAUGUAUAAUCUAUAAAGUAUAAUAAUAAAAAAAAA